AGCACUUGGAUUAAAUUAACGACAAAUUCCACUUGGACAGAAAUAACCAGCAACUUUAAAUCAAGCCCAAGACGCUGUCCAGAGACGCGGACAUACUUUCAACAAAACGCGUAUGGAUUCGUCAGACUCGGCGUUCCCGCCGCCAAUCCUCCUCCCUUUCUCUCUCUGAAACACAUUUUCUCUCUUUCUGUCUCUCUCCGUGUCUAAAAACAGAGUAAAACAGAGCCUUUCUCAGGAGGAAGAGGAGGACGAAGAAGAAGAGCAUCUGUGGCUGUCAUUCUGUAAUGGCGAAGUCAAAGUGCAGCAACAGCAAGAGGGUCUCGGUCUCGUACAUCUCAGUCCCAUCUCAGAUAAUCAACUCUUUGUCAUCAUCUUCUCUGCAGUCUCUCCUUCUCUCGCCUAAGAAAACUUCAAGGAGCAACAACAGGUUCCUCAGCUUCAAAAGCCCAAGACUUUGGUUUCUCAUUCUCCUUCUCUUUAGCCUACUUGGUAUGUUAAAGUUGGGCUACAAUCUCGACACUUUGAUCCCAUUUUCUCCAUACCCAUGUACUACAAGUCCUCAAACACAGGGCUUAAUCUCAGAUAGGUAUUCAAAAUCACAGCUUGCUUUAGCAUCGAAGAGUGGAGAACAUAGUAAAAAUGAUGAGAAAGAUGGGGUCUUGUUUUCAAAACCAGAGGUGGGUAAUGGAGCAAACAGUGAGAACGAUGGUGAGAAAGUUGAGGAGGGUGAGUUUUGGAAGCAGCCAGAUGGGUUGGGCUACAAGCCUUGCUUGGUGUUCAGCCGGGAUUACAAGAGAGCCAGUGAGGGGAUUGUGAAGGACAGGAGAAAGUACCUGAUUGUUGUUGUUUCUGGUGGAAUGAAUCAGCAGAGGAAUCAGAUAGUUGAUGCUGUGGUUAUUGCUAGGAUUCUUGGGGCUGCUUUGGUUGUUCCCAUUUUGCAAGUCAACGUCAUUUGGGGUGAUGAAAGUGAAUUCGCUGAUAUAUUUGAUUUGGAGCACUUCAAGAGAGUUCUUGCCAAUGAUGUGCGGAUAGUUUCGUCCUUACCAUCAACACAUCUAAUGACAAGGCCGGUGGAGGGGAGUCCACCACUUCACGUCUCCCCCCAAUGGAUCCGAGCACGUUACCUCAAAAGGCUUAACAGAGAUGGGGUUUUGCUUUUACGUGGCUUGGAUUCAAGGCUCUCUAAGGAUCUUCCCUCUGAUCUGCAGAGGCUUCGAUGCAAGGUUGCUUUUCAUGCAUUGAGGUUUGCCCCACCAAUUUUGGAACUUGGUAACAAGCUUGCAGAGAGGAUGCGGAACAAGGGACCGUACCUUGCUCUUCAUCUGCGGAUGGAGAAGGAUGUAUGGAUCAGGACUGGUUGCCUUCCUGGUCUGAGCCAUGAAUAUGAUGAGAUAGUGAACAAUGAAAGAAAACAACGGCCCGAGCUCCUAACUGCAAGAUCAAACAUGACUUACCAUGAUCGGAAGCUUGCCGGUCUCUGCCCCUUGAAUGCCUUGGACGUAACCAGGCUGCUUAAAGCUCUGGGAGCUCCAAAAGAUGCAAGGAUCUACUGGGCUGGAGGGCAGCCAUUGGGUGGGAAAGAAGCGUUGCUACCGUUAACCCAAGAGUUUACUCAUUUUUACAAUAAGGAAGAUCUUGCCUUGCCUGGCGAACUAGAACCACUUAGAAACAGAGCUUCUGUAAUGGCUGCCAUUGAUUAUAUAGUCUCAGAGAAUAGUGAUGUUUUCAUGCCAUCUCAUGGGGGAAAUAUGGGCCAUGCUCUUCAGGGACACCGGGCCUAUGCGGGACAUAAGAAGUAUAUAACCCCAAACAAAAGACAGAUGCUCCAUUACUUCUUAAACUCAUCUCUAUCAGAAUCAGAGUUCAAGAACAUCAUAAAGGAGUUACACAGGGACUCCUUAGGGCAGCCAGAGCUCAGAAGUAGCAAAGCUGGAAGGGAUGUUACAAAGUAUCCUGUACCUGAGUGUAUGUGCAGAGAUUCACGUACUCAUUCCAACUUGUGAGUUCAUGCAGAAAGCUUCCAACACUCCUCUCCAUGAAAAAUUGAAACUUUUUGGCAAAUCCCUUGAACUUGAGCCCUCUAAAAACAAAACAAA